GAGGACGUGAGAGCUGAGAGUUCGCUGUUGUUCGCCUUUAUUGUGGUUAUUAUUUAUUUGAACUGUUUUACAAGAAAGUAAUAAAUAAGAAACUGCAUAAUUUUAAAUAAUUCCGAAGUCAAGUUUUAAACCCUUUGUAUAUCAUAGUUAAUAUCUACGCCGGUCGGGUCAACCAGUCAUUUGAAAUCUAAUCGUAGUCAAUAAUCGUAAUAUUUUUUGUGGGUGUGUUGUGCAUGUAAAACUUAUGGCGUCAUUGUCAUUGCCUCGAGUUCUUCAACUCAAGAAGAACAGCCUCGACGCUGAACGUGAACAAUUUGAAAAGUUUCAGACACUUGCCAUCCAGAAGGCGAUCAACUCUGUAGAGACACCGGUGAAAGAAAAACAUGUCAGAAGCACAAUCAUCGGCACUUUUCAGGAGCAGAGCGCCAUCACAUACUGGAUGGUGGCGGUUCGCCUGCCGCUCCAAGACAACCGCAUUGUGGCUUGGAAGUUUUGUCACGUGACACACAAGUUGCUACGCGAGGGUCAUCCGGCUUGUUUGGACGACUCUCAGCGGCACAUCAACAUGAUCGAGAAUUUGGGCAAGCUUUGGGUGCACCUUCGCGAGGGUUAUGGUAAGCUGGUGCAUCUCUACUGUAACUUGUUGGUGUGCAAACUGAAGUUCCACGCGCGCAAUCCUCGCUUCCCCGGCAAUAUGCAGCUGACCGCCGAUGAACUUGACGCCAUCGCCGAAAAUGACGUCAACAAUUAUUUUCAACUUUGUGUGGAGCUCUUCGACUAUAUGGACGAUAUUCUGAAUUUGCAAGCUGCAGUGUUCGACAGUUUGGGCAAUGCUCGGGCCAACUCGAUGACUGCAAGUGGUCAGUGCCGUUUGGCGGCGUUGAUACCUUGCGCCCAGGACUCUUCACAGAUAUAUGACUGCAACGUGCGACUGCUGUUCCGACUGCACGCAUCACUACCUCCAGACACGCUAACAGGACACAGGGAGAGGUUCCGACAACAGUUCAAAAAGUUGAGUUCCUUCUAUAAACACGCUAGCAGUUUACAGUAUUACAGAAAUCUUCUAACUUUGCCCGUGUUGCCAUCUAAUCCACCGAAUUUCCUGUUGCAGAGUGAUUUCGGAACUUACGUAACGCCUGUAGUUUCUAUACCAGAUCCUCAGCCAGACGAGGUAGACUCCGUUGGAGCUCUUAUCGAUACAUCGGACACUAUCAGUCAGGUGACUACUCCCGAUCAUUUGGAAGCGUUCGAGUCACGUGGUACUCCGUCGCCGCAGCCCGAUCCAGUAGUGGAACGUGACCGUCUCAUAGAUCAUCUACAGAACGAGUUGCGUAGGAUGAGGGCAGAAGUAACCACAAGGGUUGAAGAACGAAAUAACAUAAUGGGAGCAAUGAGGGAACUCUCUACUAGUUUAGAAUCACAGUUGCUUGCCGUCAAGACUGAACUACAACAGGAGAAGAAAAAGUGUGAAAUGUUGUCUGCGCAAACACCAGAGAUAAAACAGAAGUUGACUCAAACCGAAGAGAAAGCCAAAAUAACAGAUGAAAAGUUCCAGAAACUAAAAGGGGCGUAUACACAGUUAAGAGAAGAACACAUUAAUCUAAUAAGACAGAAAGCCGAGGUGGACAAAUUGACUGCUAAUUUGCGUGCUGCAGCAACUCAACAUGAAAGUGCAAAAUUGGCUCUGCAGCAAAUGCUGAAUGACAGGACGAAAGAUGUAGAAUUACUGCAACAGAGUGCAUCUUCUAGUGAAGAAGUAGAAGCAUAUAAAAACGAAAUAGCCAGCUUACGAGUAGAAUUAGAAAACUCUAGACAAAAAGAUACUGAAUUAGAAACUUUACGAGCAUCUUUGGAAGCUUUAGAAAUAGAACACAAAACAGCCAAUACUGAACAAGAAGAAAAAUUAAAUACAAUAGCAAGUGAAUUAAAAGAGACAAAAGAAAUAUUAGAGCAAAUUAAACAAGAAAAAUUAGAGAGAGAAACGGAAUUGAGUAAAGUGAAAGAAGAGUUGAUAGGUCUUCGAGAAAAGAGUGGAGAUGAGUAUAAUAAAGUAGUGGCAGAAAAAGAAUUAGCUUUGAAGCAGGUCGCAGAAUUAACACAACAGCAUCAACAAGAGAAAGAGGAGCAAAUGCUUUGCACUAACAAAUUACGGUCAGAAUUAGAAACAUUACAACGUAGGUUUAUCGACACAGAAACUGAUUUUUCCCACCGUUCUGACGUUAUAAGGGAAAAUAUGGCUUUGAAAAGUAAAGAACUUGAAAAUAUUAUAAAUGCAAAAGAUGUUCAAAUAGAAGAAACAUUAGGUAAACUGGCAGCUUUACAAACUGAAAUAGAAACAUCAAAAGCAGAUUACGAAGAGAAGCUACGUCAACAAGAUAGUGAAAUUAAAAAUCUGUGUGAAAAAAUUGAUGAACUAAAUCAAUGUAACCUAAAUAAUGAAAGUACGUCACAUAAACUGAUUAAAGAAAGAGACGAUAAACUAAGUGAGUUAAAAGACGCUUUAAAAAAAAUUGAAAUCCUUGAAGUUGAUUUAAGAGAAAAAAGUUAUGCUGCUGAUAAAUACGAAACUUUGCUUUCUGAAAGUCAGGUCUCUAAUAAGAAAUGUCUUGAAGAAUUAGAAACGAAAUUGAAUGAAGAAAUAUCGGAAUUAAAACAUAAAUUAGUUAUAGAAGAAGAAGAGAAAACAAUACUUAAAAAUAAUUUCAGUGAACAGAAUAAGAUAAUGCUAUAUCUGAACUGGAAAAUAAAAAAAUUGAAUAUGACGAAAAUGUUAAGGAAAAAAUUAUGGAAAUAACUAUUUUAAAUGAAAAGUUAAAAAAUGUAGUUGAAUGUAAAGAUGAAAUAAUAGAAAACUUAAAAAGCAUAGUAUCUGAAAAAGAUAACCAGGUUAUUGCACUUAAUGUGGAGGUUACGAAACUAUCAGAAAAUAAAAGGAAUUUAGAAGACGAACUAAAAGAAUCACAAGCGGAAUUGGAAAUAGGUAGAAAUGAGUUUUUAACUUUAAAAGAAGAUUAUGACAUAGUUGUCCAACAAAAUAAUACUAACAUAGCUUUGAAAAAUCAAGAGAUUGAGACACUUAACGAGAAAUUAUCUAAAAUGUGUCGUGAUGUUGAUGAGUUGACAUCAGAAAGAGAUAAAAUCGCAAAUAAUUUUAGCGUAGAAAAGCAGGUGAUAGAAGGAAAUAUUAAAGAAAAAGAUGAACUAAUUGCAAAGCUCCGAAGCGAACUCGAAACAUUAGUGAAUGAAUCGGAGGAAUUGAAAAAUAAUUCCAACGUCACUAUUGACAACUUGAAAUCCGAGUACGAAAUUUUAAAAAUUGAAAAAGAAGACGUAACAAAGUUAUUGUCUGACAAGCUAGAAAUGCAAAAUAUAACAUUUAACAAUCAAAUAAGUGAAAAAGAUGAGAACAUAGCGAACGCGCACCAAGAGAUUGAAAAUCUGAAAGCUGCAUUAGAUGAUUUGCAGAAAUUGAAUUUAAAAGUGAAUGAAGAAAUGAAAAUAGUCAUAUCAGAGAAAGAUAAAGAAAAGCAGGUUAGGCUACAGUAAUAUACAACGAUAGCUUCGAGUGUGCGUCCAUGGUUUACCAUUUAACAUCUAAUGUGGUGAUGGUGUCAUUCAUUGAUCAUACCAUUGAUAAUGUUAAGUGACUUCUUUGAAUUUAUUUUGAUUCUGUGUUAGUAAUUUCUCAAUUCCUCUGUAACUAUCUUAUU